GACAUCGGCAAACCCAGCUUUCCCUCAGGCUCCAGCGCUUCUAGGUUGGGACUAGCAUAUAUUUUAAAGCACAUGACAAUACUACUUCAGCACGAAAGGCAGAAGUUCAGCCUGCAACCUCAGGAAUCAAGACAUUUGCGUGUGCUAAUGUUUACAUGUUAGCAUGUGUUCCGCUUUACGCAUAGCGGCUACGGCUGUGGGCAGCGAGAGCGCUCUCGUUUGACCGUGUUCCCUUCGCGGAAUGGCUGGACGUCGCCCCUCUAACGCGGUGGCGUUGGGCGACUGGUCUGACCUCUACAAUGAGUUUCUGGCAAGCGAGCGAGGGGUAGAAGUGAUGGAGGGCACGAGCGGGCCGUUACUGAGUGCACGGGGCCCAACUUUCGAGCUCUCUAUGGCAGACCUCAGCGGCACCAGCGCCCCGGCGGCAAACCGGGCGUCGCAGCUUGGCGUAGGUGCAGGGCCUACGUCAGGCGCUUCAGCCUUCAUUGCAGAGGUGGUGGCAGAUGAACUGGUGGACGAAGCGGAGGCCGUGGAGGCAGAGUUGCUCCGUCGCUUGGGGGAUGAACCACCUGCGCCGAGCAGCGUGCCAAACACAGGCUGGCCACCGCAGCAUUACGCAGCCCUCCAGCAGCCGGGCCAGGCUGGUCGCAUGAGCGCCGGCUUGCGCUCAUCGGGACCGGCACCGCUGCCGCCCAACCUCGCGCGCCCGCAACCAUUUUGCACGCCCACGGCCGUGGGGGUGCCUGGCAGCCUCGCUGUCAGCCGCCAGGCAUGGCAAGCCCCUGCAAGCGUGCCCACAAAAGGGCAAGCAGGGAUUGGCGCUGGCUACCAUGUGCCAUCUUCACAGCGUGACUCGGUACUGCGUGCGUCGGUACCAUCUGCGGCCUACGGCGCGGCAACGGGGAUACCACAGGGCUGGGUGCCUGGCUACGGCUACGGCCACGGCGAUGCCGCUUCCUCAGGAAUGGUGCCCGAGCCUACAACAGCGCUGCGCCAGGCAAUGGGUAUGAGGAAUAUCCCCGUGCGUACCUCAGCGCCCGCACCACUGGGCGGACGCCCCGGCGCCCGUCGUGACGUGUCGCCAGGGUCUAUGUCGCGCCCCAGCCGCGGCCAGCCCAGCAGCUACGCGGCCCUUCACACGCAGCGGCAGAACAGCCCCCCGCACUCUCGCGGCAUCGGGAUAACUGUGGGCAAUAGUGCGGGUGGCACUGUAGGCGGCGGAGGCGGCGGAGGCGGCGUGGUUGGACCUGGCGUGGGCAGCUCUGUCGACCGCGAGGAGAUGUUCGAGGCACUGCACCGCGGCCUCUCGCCCCAUCGCCUCAGGGCGCUGUACCUGCCGCCUGGCACCGAUGGAGCGGCGGGGCCUGGUGCCUUCGGCCGGCGGGAGUCAGGGCCGGGUGGCAGCUAUGUCACCGCAUCAGCGCAGCAGCAGCAGCAGUACCCGCCGUAUCAAAAUCCGCUCCAGCGGAUUGAGAACUGGGCUGCAGCGGCAGCGGCACGGUCAGCGGUGCCGCAACCGGCCAUGUACAUGACCGCUGCAGGGCCGCGGGCGUCGCCGCUGCGGCAGUCAGCCCCAAUGGCCGGCGGCGACGCCACCUCAGCCCAGCGUGGCGGCGAGCAGUACAUGACCGCCGCCGCCAAUGCGCAGGCGUCGCGUGGUCCUCAGGGUCAGGGUGUGGCUGGCAUGGACCUACGCGCCUCAGCGCCCUCACUCGCGCCGCGUCAGGCGGCUGCACAGGCUGGCAGCCGGGCUGGGUCGCCAACUGGCGUCUACCGCCCGCCCGUCCCUCGACCAACCCCGGCUAGCGCAGUGGCUGCCUCGGCGCAGGCGCGCCGCGCAACCUCACCCUCGUGGAAUGAAGCACCAGCCCGACGCUCGUUGCAGCACCCGGCCUCCGUCAGCGCUGCAGCCACGGCCGGCAGCAGCACCGCCAGCACCGUCACUGGCAACCACCGGCCCUCACAGUCAAUUCAGUCACCGCUGCCUCCCCAGCCUUAUCUCCAUCCCCAUCCUCAGCUGCGGAGCGCCGCCGGUGCUGCUGAUGGCUCCUCACCUGGUGCCACGGUGCCAGCCGGGGAGCCUGCUGCGGUGGGUGCCGCUGAGCCCCUGCUUCUAGAGCAGCUGGCGCGGCGAACGCCCUCGCCCGUCGAGCCGCGCAGUCCAGGCCUGUUCAUUAGCCCGCAGGCCUAUCGCGAGUAUGCGGCCGCAUCAACCACCAGGGCUGGCCGGCAGCAGCAGCCGGGACUGCAGCCGGCCACUGCCCCGGCAGCGCAGGCGCCGAGUGCGGGCAUGACGCCUGUGCAUGGCGGCGAGGCUGCGGGGCUGGAGGCGGGCGGCUUCACUGCGCACGGCAUUCGCGGGAUGCAGCGGCGGCUGGCAGCUGGACUGGAGGAGGCAGCUGUAGAGCGCGACCGAGACGGCCAGGGCGCGGCGCGCCGCAGCCCAGGCCGAGAGCGCGACUUUGCUGGCGCCGCAUUCACCGGCGCCGCUGCGUCCCCGGUCGCUACGCUGCGGCCGCCUGACAUCUAUGACGACGGUGUCAUGCAGCCGCGUACGGCAUCUCCGUACAUCAGUACCGCCAGCAAUGACAUGUCGGCGGCGCUGGAGGGCGGCGCCUCGCCAUACACCCUGGCCGCGGCGGCGGCGGCGGCAGCCCUGGCGGCGGCUCAGCGGUCCGACGCAAUGGCUGCGCGGCAGCGCACACGCUCGUCUGGGGGUGGAGCUGUGGGGAGCGGGUCUCUUUUCGAGUCGCCAUCCUUUGGCGGCACAGGACUCGUGCCUACAGCGCCGGCGUUUGGCGGCGUUGCCGCCAGUGCUGGCGUGGCUCCGGUGUCGUUGGUUGCCAAGGGUGUCGCGGACCUUGACCAAGCGGGGCUUGAGGCCCUGGACGCUGAGUUUGAGUUCUAUGAGGCCAUCACCGCCUCGCGCCAAGGCACGCAGGGCGGCUUUGACAGCCUGCCAGGAGCUGCUGCAGCUGCAGCUGCUACGAAUCUGGGAGGUGACGUUGGCAACCGCGCAUCUCGUGCAGGCGCUCGUGCCUUUGGCGGUGCCGGCGGUGCUGGUGCGGUCCGCGCAAGCUGGCCGUCACCCACGCACCAGAGCCCGGGGACAGCGUCCGCGUUGCCAUCGAGUGCCGCAGCUACUGCAGCUGCUGCCAACGGCGCUGGUGGGCGCUCGGUGGUCGCGUCUUCGGUGUCCAGCGCCACGUGGCGAGCACACGGUGCCGGCGCUCCGACAACAGCAGCGCCAUUGCAGGGGGCUGUGGGUGCACGCGGUAGCACCAGUGCGGGCGGCAGUAGCGCAGUUGCCGGCGGGGGUGCACCAGGCAAUGCGGCACCGGGUGUUAGUGGCAUGUCAGCUUCCGCUCUGUCGGCGGCUGCGGCGGCAGUUGUGGCCACGGCGUUGCAGCACACCCGGAGCUCGUCAAUGAGCGAUAACGGCGCCAGCGGUGGCGGUGGUGUGGGCGGCAGCGCGCUGACGCCGGGGCCCUCCGCGGUGCUGGACACGGCGGCGCUGACGGCGCAGCUCAGCCGCCUGGACGCCGCCAGCCUGGAGGCCAUUCGCGGGUACGCCAGCGGCUACAUCGACGGCCGCGUGCAGGCCAUGCCGCAGUACGGCCAGGUUCGCUCCCAAGUGGUGAAGGCCGCGGUGCUGCGGCUGGUGGAUGAGGCACUGGCCGCCAGGCACGCCGGGGACCCCAGCUCGCAGCCACAGCCACAGCCGCUGCAGGUGGCUGCCGACGCGUCAAGGCAUGUCGUCGCGCCGCGGACUGGCGCCAACCCCAUCAAGUCAGCGUCGGCCGGUGCGGCCCUCACGUUCCUGCCCACAACCGUGCCGGCGCCGGCCAACCGCGCCAGUCCUGGCGAGGAGCGCCUGCCUGCAGUGGACCUGGACCUUGACCAGGCCGCGCGCUGUCUACCGCGCCACAGCCCCUCGGACGGGUCGUCCGCACCAGUGCCGCCCCGCCCCGCACCAGCUUACAUGUCGUCGUCCGCGCGCGCCGGUGUGGCGGCUACGCUGCUGCCUGGCAACGCCUCUGAGACCGGGUCAUCAGUGGACAGCAGCCCGCUGCACGGGUCGGGCGGCCGCAGGGCCAGCGGCUCUCGCGGCAUCAGCAGCCCCAAGUCCAGCGCGCUUGUAACGGAGGCCUCCCGCAGCAGCGGCGGACGGCGCAAACGCGUCAGCUGGCACAGCAACUUCGACGGCCCGCCCGGCACGCUGCCGUCUUCCGCAGGGGCCGACGGCGCAGAUGCUGCUGCCGCCGCAGCGACAGGGUCAGGAGCCAGUGCGGUUGACCUUAUCGCUGCUGCUGCGGCUGCCGCGGUGGCUGCGGAGCGGGCAUCUCUGGAGGAGGCGGGCAUGCUCACUCGCGCCGAGGACGCACCGGCUGCCAGUGACGUGGUUGCGACCGGGCUUGCCCAGGCCGCGGCCACGACACCCGGGGCCGCGGCGCCGGCCGCUGGGGUCGUUGCUGUUUCAACCAUGGAGUCGCAAUUUCAGGUGUCUGAUGGAGUUCAGCAUGAUGUGAGCGAGUACUCGCCCUUCAGUGUUGCAAAAGGGCAGCGCGCCUUCGAGUAUGACGACGACCAGCCACGUGCGCCGGGCCCGCGGCCGGAACCACCUCAACGGCGGCUCUCGCUUGCUGAGCGCAUCGCGGCGCAGCUGUCUGACGAGACGCCGGUAGCCGAAGGCUCCGCACCGCCCAUUGGCACGGAUGCUGCAGGCCAGGUCAACAAGCCAGUGUCAACUGCUGGUGCGGACACGGCGGGUGCGGACACGGCUGCAGGGUCGGGCAGCGCCGCCACAGACGGGACGCAGCAGGAAACGGGCGCCCUGGCCUCCGCUGCAGCCGUGAUGGCUCGAGCGCAGCUGCAUGAUGCCUUGGCGCAGCGGCAGCGGCCAGACGUGGCCGCAGCUACUGUUAUUGCGGCUGUUGCGCCCAUGACCUCAUCGGAGGAGGAGCAGGCGCACGGUGCACCCGUUGGUGCAAAUGUGCCCACGAUAGCCGCAAGGCCGGUGCCCGUGGCCGCGGAUGAGGCUGCGGCUACUGCCUCGGAUGGCGCAGUCAUCAUCCCCACGCUUUUGGACGCGCCACGUGAAAUGGUGACAGUCGCAGAAUCUCCGAUUGCAGUCGCAGCCGCCAGCAGCAUUAACGGAUCACCUGCGCUAAAGGCGUCGCCAGCGACUGCAUGUGCACCUCCCCUCCUUGCGGAAGCUGUUGGAGCCGGUGAUGGGGAGCCGGCAGUGGCUGCAACGCAGCAUCCAGAGCAGAGCUGUGCUGUCGGCGCCGUGGACGGAGAACGCGUGAAGGAUCUCGCGGCUGACGCCACGACUGUCGCUGCAACUGCCGCUGCAGCAGCUGCUGCGAGCGCAUCCGCUGAAGCCUUCGCCGCUGGCAGCGCCGCUGAUGCCGUCCCAGUUGCAGCGUCCUCGGCCUACAAGGAGGCCACUGCCGUGCCUGCCUCCCAGCAGCAGGCACCGUCGGCGAACUCCAUCUCAGAUGGUCCCGACACGGCCGCCGCCGGCCAUCACCGGCCACUGGCAACUUCCUCAAGCGCUGAUGGCUACUUGACCCGCUCCCCGGGCAGCACCGGCGACGGCUCAGACCCAGGCGCAACACCGGGCUUGCCGGCACGGGCCAGCACCAGCUCGGGCUCCGGCGCGGCGCCGGGGGCUGCAUCCGUGUCUGUGUCUGUGCCUGUGCCGAUGCCGGGCACUGCAAAAGCCAACGCGCGAACAGGGCCGCACACGCCGGGCGUCACUGGGCUGAACGUGGGCGGUGGUGUGUCUGCGCGAAAGCUGGGGGCCAGCCCUCCUGGCUAUCAGCCUCAGACGCACAUGCAGUCGAGCGGCGGGGUGACGAGCCCUGGCGUCCGCAUGUCCACGUCAUCACCCACGACCGCUGCUUCGAAUGCGAACACGCUGGGCGGUGCGACAGCGCGUGGCGGUGCGACCGCUGGUGGUGCCAGUGGCGCUGGCAUCGUGCUGUCGCGCCCCGCAGGCCCCACCUUCACGUCACCGCCGCAGUCGCCUGCCUCCAUGCGGCCUUCAAAACUGCAGGCGCUGUCAUCCGGCUUCUCGGCACGCGUGGUGCAAUCCAGCGGCGGCGCCGCUCCCCGUCAUGCCGCGCCUGGUGCGGGCAACACGUCUUUUUCGUCCCUGUCCUCUGGCGGCGCUGGGCCGCACCCUUACCAGCCCACGUCACCGGCUCCGCAGCAUUCCAUCUCCAACAAGAUAAUGUCCAUCGUGUCGCCCACCGCGUCUGGGUCUGGGCAUCACCCGGUCCGCUCCGCAAGCCGCGGCGGUCGGGAUGUGGGGCAGGCCACCAGCGCCAUCACUGGCGCCACUGGCGCUGUGCUCAGCGAGCAGCUGCGGCACGAUUCGCUGAAGUUCGUGCGACAGCUCGAGGCUGCGAUUGCGGAGCAGGCGGCGGAGGCGGGGCAGUCGGAGGCGCAGAGCGCGCAGGCGGCUAUCCGCGGUGCAGAGCUGGAGGAGCAGGCGGAGGAGCAGGCGCUCAAGGCAGAUGCCGUUCAGGCCCCAGUGGCUGCACAGCAGGAGGCAGCUGCUGUGGUUUCCCCUGCGGAGGCGGCGGUUGAGUUUCCGGAAGUGCAAGCUGUGGGCAACGCAGUGCAUGCAGCGCCCAAGCGGGAGGAGCAAGGCAUCCUGUCGGCCACCGCUGAAAGCGCGACUGGCACUGCGCUCGUGCAGCCUGCCUCCCCAGAGGCGGCGGCGAGCGAAAAGGCGCCUGAUCAGAAGCAGGGCUUAGCGGCGUCGGUCGAGGCAUCGCAAGCCAUUGCGAGCAGCAGUGCUGCUGCAACAGCUGCAGCAGUGCCGUCAGCUGCGGAAAACGGCAAGAUGGGCCUUGAAGCCCUGCACACGCCUCACGGCGAACCGCCGGCGGCAGUGGCGACUGGCGCGCACGUAAAAGCAACAGCUGUUGCGGCCGCAGCGCCUUUCGCCGCAGAUGCCGCUGUGCAAGCAGCAGCCGGCGCCGUGGCGACGGAGCAGGCAUCGGCAACGACAGAACACGUGCGCAGCGAGGCAGCAACUACUGCACCCGCGGCUGCAGUGGAGGUCAGCAAGGCACCAGCACCGCCUCCAGCAGCAGAGCCAGCGGCAGCACGCACCACCGAGGUCGCGGCCACCAGCGCGCCGGCCCCUGUACCUGGCAGUUUCCGCUCGGCUGAUGCUGCGCCAAGUGUUGCACCGGCCGCACAGGCGCCUGAGAAGGGCCAUGCGGAAGCGGCUGAGCCAUCAAAGCCCGAGCCUGAGGUGCCAGUUGCCCCUCCAGCAACUGCUGCACCUGCAGUCGCCGCCGCUGCCCCGACAUCGCCAGCAGUUGCGCCAGUGCAGCAACCCGGACCGCAACCGGGCGCCGCUGGCGGUACCACGUCUGCUGCACAGGGCAGCCCUGGCGCCAGCUCGCCCGCACGCGGCGGCGCCCCUCGCGGUGUGACUCUGACACACUGGCGCGGCUCCGCAGGUGGCGCGUCGCCGACCAAGACCGCAAGCAGUGCAGCAGCAGCCGUUGGGGCGUCCAGCGAUGCCGCAGGGCCCCCCGCUCCCGAGGUCAGCAGCUUGUCAACCCUGGCUGCGCCAGCGGCUGCAGCAUCAGCAACGACUCUGCCGCCGACCGCCCCCUUGGUGCCCGAGACAGCGGCCGCAGCAGCAGUUAAAAGCUCAGAGCAGCUGAAGCCUACAGCUAUGGACAAAGAGGUGGAGCCAGUGACGGCACCGGCGCCUACACCUGCCGAGGCGCCGAAGCCGGGUGCAGUGGGCGCCCUGCCUGGCUUACAAGCAGCGGAGCAAGCGGAGAGGCAAAGCGCCAAGGGGGCCCCAGAGCCCCCGGCAGCAUUGCAGGAGGUAGAGCGCCCAGCUGGUGCUGCCAUUGGCCCCACACAACCCACGGCGCUCACCGUGGUAUCGCCAGAGCCUGCCGCCCCUACCGUCGACGCGGCUCCAGCCGAGCUUGUCAGAGACACAGCAACUUCGGCGCAGCCUGCGGCGGCUGCGCCUACCAGCCCUACUCCCAGUGCAGCUGAGAACGUCGCGGCUGGCGCGCAGCCCGCACCGGCUGCUCCUGUGCAAGCGGAGGAUGGUGGAGCGCCGGUGACGCCAGCUGGCGAGGUUGCAUCUGCCAGCGCUGCCGUGACCACGGAAGCUCCUGCGACAGAGGAGGCGCCUGUGGCAGGUGGCUACCGCCUGAAACUCAGCCCCAGUCUGAACUCGGUGGUGUCGGCAGCGGACACGCCGGACGGCAGCGGUACCACCACGCCGACGCAGCGGCGCAGCGGCCGCGACGCGCGCAGCAUUGAGCCGGUGCUGGCGGAGCUGAAGACCGUCAAGUCUGCCAUUGCCGCUGGCGACCCUGACGGCUCCAGCACCGCUCGGAUGACGGCGCUGCUGGAGCAGCUGGACAGCUACCGCCGCGGCGUGGAGCGCAAGCACGGCCCCAGCCACUCUAUCGCCACGCAGCUGCGCAUCCUGCACGCCGACAUGAGCAAGUGGCUGCGCUCCAACACCGCCAACACCGCCGCUGUCCCAGGUGCCGUGGGGCCUGGUGCCGCUGGCAGCGCGCACAUCAAUGUUGGGAGCGGCGUGGUGGCGGCGGCCGCUGCGGCACAUGGCGCCGUGCGCACGGGCAGUGCCGGCGGCAGCAGCACCGCCGCACGUGGCGCUCCGCCUGCAUUGGAGGCCGUGCCUGAGGCAGCGGCGGCAGAGCAGCGGCCGCUGCCGGCGCAACAGGCUCAGCCAGACCAGCCGGGUCAGCAGUGGGCUGGGGCGGGCUCCGUGGGGCGAAGGGAGUCCCAGUCGUCUGUCAACACGGACGCGACGUUCGAUACAGCGGGUGGCGGCACCGCCGCCUCCACGCCGCGCGACAGCAUCGCGGACGGCGGUGGCGGCUUCUCAUUCCCCUCGCACCAGGCCUCAUCGGAGCAGCCGCGCGGCUCUGCAGGCGGCUUCAACGCUCUGCCGCAGCCAGGCCGGCCUAGCGGCUCGGGCCUUGCUGGAAUGCAGCAGCCUGGUAACAACGGCGCUGCUAUGAACCGCGGUAUGGGCGGCGGUGGCGGCACGGCUACAGGGAACAUGGGCAGCAUGGGCACUGGCGGUAUGCCGCUCAGUGCCGGCCCCGGGCACCAGGGGAUGGGGUCGCGUGUGUCCUUUGCGGCUAUGGGCAUGGCAGGUGCUGGCGCCAUGGGCCAAGGAGGCACAGGCAUUGGCGCAGGUGGCAUGGGCAUGGGUCCUGGCGGCAGCAUGGGAAUUGGUAUGGGGUUGUACGGAGCCGGCGGCGGCAUGGCGCAGCCGGGCGUGGGCGGCACCGGCCACAUGGGCAUGGCUGGCUCCGGGAUGAUGCAGCCCGGCAUGCAUGGCACGCAUGGCGUGGGCAUGGCCGGCAUGAUGCAGCCUGGGGCCGGCAUGAUGCAGCCCGGCGCGGCUGGUGGCGGCAUGGGCGGUGGCAUGAGUUUGAUGGAGCUGGCCAACCAGCUCAACAGCAUGACCAUGCAGCAGCAGGCGUCGCAGGGGCCAACGCAGUCGGCUGUGUUCAUGCCGGUGGGCAUGCGCGCGACCAUGCCGUCGCGGACCUCGGAGAUCAGUGCCGCUGCAGCGGCCACAGCAGUGACGGCAGUGCAACGGACGGCGUCAGCGUCGGCUCAGGCCGAGGCGCUACAGCAGUCGCAGUCGCUGAAGAAGCCAAAAUCUAAGUGGAGCACUCUAUUCGGGAAGAAGUAAAAGAGUCAUAUGUGUCCAAGGAUGUGUUGAGCUGUGUACAAGGUGCUUAUGAAGCAAGCCCUGUGUCGUAGUAUGGAACGGUACGGAUAUUGGUCAAGGAACUUAUUAUAUGCGCGCAGAUGCAGGCACCGUAGAUUUGUGUCUUGGGCACCACGCAACGGGUAACGUAGUACUGGUGCCAGAAAUUUCAACACAAGCGCGUGGGGUGGACGCUGACUUCAGGUAAUAACAGUCGUCGUACUGGUGCUUCUAUUGCCAUUAAUGAAGGGCACCAGAGGGCCUCUGUAAGUAAGCCAUGGUAUACCGGUAUCGUACUGGUGCUGCAAGGUUAAAGUCGGGCGCGUAGUCUCGCCUUCAGCAGGAUAUCAGGGAUACCUAGUCAGCCAGCGUGGGCGUGACGCAGUGUGACGCUCAUGCCUCUCAUCUUUACAUCGGCUUCCGCACUCCAACGGCCUGUUGCGAAACAGUGUGCAUGCGCCGCAUCGUGCAUAGCCUAGCGCUGCUAGUGUAUGCAUUGCAAAUGUACAACGGACAGACAUAGAGCAACAAUGCAGGCCAUACACACUAGUACACUACCGUACUGCCACGCUCAAUUGGUGACACCAAUUUGGUGAAAAUCACCAAUUUGGUAGCACUGUAGCAGGGAACAAUGUCGACUAGGAUUUGCCAGAGCCCGUCACCAGUUCCUGUGCACUCUGAAUUCAAGUUGGGCGAAAACACGCAAACGGGCUGCUUUGGCUAGUGGCGCUGCUUCCUACAGUAAGCAAUAGUCAUAUAGUAUACCGUACGCACAAUGCUCAGUGUAGCCCCAAAGGCUGAGCAGCAGACGUACUGCGGGACAUUGGCUGGAUAGCGCCUACAAGCGCGGGGCUUGUGUUGCAGCUGCCGGGGCCGAAAGAGACGCUGGGUA